AUGAGUGAAUCAUGUGUGGAGACUCCUGAAGCACCGGCUUGGCUGUCUAAAUUGGAAAGUCAAAGGGAAAAACUCAGUAAGGCUCGUCUUGGUCAUGAUAGCGGCGCCGGUGCAUCCUGCAACUCGUGUGGAUCGGGAUGCCCGGGUCUUGAUUUGCAUUUCUGGCGUAAGGUCUGUCGAGCAUGCCACUGCAGUAAAGACGUACAUGACGUACAAGAUGAUGAUCUAUCAGGAUGGGCACAGUUUGAACUACUUGGAACAGCUAAACCAAAAAAAGGAACAUUGCCACUUAUUAAAAUUCGAGGGGUAACCGACAAACCAGUAAAACUCGACUGGGUACCUCCAAAUGCUUCUACAGAAUUGGUAUCAGAAUAUAUGUCAUGUUUGGGUGAGUUAGCUCCGGUGUCGGGCUCGGAAGCAGCUAAAAAGCGUCGAGCUCAGCUUAGAACACAAUUACCACCACAUGAUGUUGCUACUGCUGCAAGAACACAUGCCUCUGAAGAGGAAAAGACAGAGCAUACGGAAUACAUCAUGCGUAUUAAAGAAAAUGUGGUUGGAAUGGGUAAUGUUGUUAGAGUGGCACCAUUACAAAAUGGGGAGGUUGUCUCUAUAGAAAAUGCAAAAACUCAUACAACUACCAAGUCAUAUGCACUACCUUUAAAAAUAUCAAACAUAUCAAGGGGUGUUAAAUAUAACAUAGUACCUAAAAAUGCUUCAGAUAAAAAGCUUGUAUUAGACACACAAGGUAAUGUUGUAAGCAGUGCUGCAAAUUUACCAGAUUAUAAAUCAAGUCCAGCCUUGAGCAAAGUUGUUAAAGACAGACUUAAUGCUAUGCACAUUGAAUCAGACAGAAUCAAAAGUGCCGUAGAACAUGGACCAGUUUAUGAUAAACUAUUUAAAAAUUUGAAUGAUUUGAAUAUGCAAGUUGCUAAUGAUGUAUAUCUUCAACCUAUAAAACUCUUUAGAGAUGAAUAUAACAGAAACCCACAAUUUAAAGACGAAGUUAAUGAGUUUGCCAGUAAAUCCUUAGGAGCACAAAUAAUACCAGAUGUAUGGGCUGCAAAUAAUAAUAAUUUAAUGGGCACAGCUAAAUUGUUUGAUAGCAGGAUUCAGAAAGGCACUAUUUUUGCACCUAAUGGAGAAAUAUGGAGUUGGAAACAUGAACCAACAAGCCCAGAACAUAGUGGUACUAUUUGUUCAACAAUAAUAAAUCCUCAAUAUUCUACAAGUAUGAAACCAAUAAAUCAGGUGGAACCACAACAGACAGCACCUUUAAGAGAAUACUUAAGAACUCAUUCAGAGGAAGAUUUUCCUCCACCAUUACCAAAUUAUAGUACAUAUCCUGGAGCUCUGCCUGUAAGUCCUCAAGAUAAUAAAUUGAAUAACUCAUCUCCAAAUCAAUUUGAUCCUAUAGCAAAUCCUGUCCAGAUGGGUAAUUAUGCAGAGCAGAUUGACCCAAUUCUUACACAAUUUGCUGAUAUGUCACUGAAUCCAGCUGAAGUAGAGUUUAACAGAAAGUUAUACAAUGAAGGAGUACCAUGUCAGAGAUGUGAGAAACCAAUGUUUGCUGGCGAAGUUGCUGUGAAAGCUGAAAGGGCGGGCCAAGAGGCAAUAUGGCAUCCGCAAUGUUUCACUUGUUGUAAAUGUGGUGAACUACUCGCUGAUCUAGUGUAUUUCUACUAUAAAGGAGAAAUUUACUGUGCCAGAGAUUUGGCGAAUGUAUUGGAGAUUCCGCGUUGCGCUGGUUGCGAUGAGUUAAUAUUCACACGUCCGUAUACCGCAGCUGAAGGCAGAGCAUUCCAUGUUGAGCAUUUUUGUUGCUAUCAUUGUGACGCACCGCUUGGCGGAAAGAAGUAUGUGCCAGAUGAUAAAACAGGUCUGCCGAUUUGUCUUACAUGUUAUGACCAGUAUUAUGCAGAGCGUUGUAAAGCCUGCGGUGGUAUUAUAGGGCCUGAACAGCAAGGAGUUUCUUGGAGCAAGACACAUUGGCACGCAGAAUGCUUCAUUUGUUCAGGUCGAAUGUGUGGUAAAAGCUUACUUAGCGGCAGAUUUGUUGUUAAGCAGGAUAUGCCCUUUUGCAGUGUGCCUUGUGUACAAAGUAGAAUCAAGCAAUGA